AAUUUAAAACAAAUAAACUUUGUAACCCUUCCCCUUGGAGACGAGGCAGCACUCAGGAGCUGGGAAGAGAACCCUCUGUCUUCCAGCCCAAGUCUCCGCCUCUCUCUCUAGGGUUUCUCCUCGUCGUCACGCAAUCGCUUCAAAGAUGGAAGAGAAUCUCGAUGCUGCGAUAGAGUCCCUCUUGAAUGUUGAGAAGCAAAUGAGGCUUGCUGGUGAUGUUGCCGGAACCAAGAAAGCUGUUACUGACAUUGUGGAGCUUUGUUACAAAGCCCGUGCAUGGAAGACUCUGAACGACCAGAUAGUUCUUCUGUCAAAAAGGAGGGGCCAGCUUAAGCAGGCUGUCACUGCUAUGGUGCAACAAGCCAUGCAUUAUAUUGAUGAGACACCUGAUAUUGAUACGUGCAUAGAAUUAAUCAAAACACUGAACAGUGUCUCUGCUGGAAAGAUAUAUGUCGAGAUAGAGAGGGCACGCUUGAUAAAAAAACUCGCGAAGAUUAAAGAAGAACAAGGCCUUAUUGCUGAGGCUGCUGAUUUGAUGCAAGAAAUUGCUGUGGAAACUUUUGGAGCAAUGGCAAAAACAGAGAAGAUAGCAUUCAUUCUUGAACAAGUUCGUUUGUGCUUAGAUCGCCAGGAUUAUGUACGCGCGCAGAUUUUGUCAAGAAAAAUUAGUCCUCGGGUUUUUGAUGCAGAUGCCUCAAAGGAGAAGAAAAAGCCUAAGGAAGGUGAUAAUGUUGUUGAAGAGCCUCCUGCAGAUAUACCUUCCCUCUUAGAGUUGAAGCGUAUCUACUAUGAACUAAUGAUUCGCUAUCACUCUCACAAUGAUGACUACUUGGAAAUUUGCCGUAGUUACAAAGCAAUAUAUGAUAUUCCAUCUGUGAAAGAGGACCCAGCACAGUGGAUUCCGGUGCUCAGGAAAAUUUGCUGGUUUUUGGUGUUGUCGCCUCAUAACCCAAUGCAAUCAAGCCUUCUCAACUCUACCCUAGAAGAUAAAAAUCUUUCUGAAAUUCCGAAUUUCCGUCUGCUGUUAAAGCAGCUAGUUACCAUGGAGGUGAUACAGUGGACUGGUCUUUGGGAGAUGUAUAAGAACGAGUUUGAGAAUGAGAAGAAUAUGCCUGGAGGAUCUUUGGGUGCCAAGGCAGCGGAAGAUCUAAAACUGAGAAUCAUUGAACAUAAUAUUUUGGUAGUAUCAAAGUAUUAUUCAAGGAUUACCUUAAAGAGGCUUGCUGAUUUGUUGUGCCUGAGUCUACAGGAAGCUGAAAAGCAUUUAUCAGACAUGGUGGUGUCAAAAUCCCUGAUUGCGAAGAUAGACAGGCCAAUGGGAGUUGUUUGCUUUCAGACAGCCAAGGACAGCAAUGACAUCCUAAACUCUUGGGCGAUGAACUUGGAGAAGCUGCUUGACCUUGUUGAAAAAAGCUGCCACCAAAUACACAAGGAAACCAUGGUUCACAAAGCUGUUCUGAAAGCUUAGUCACGUAUUUUACCAUGCCACAAUGAGAUUUUCUCUAGGCCGGUCCGGAAGUCUCAAAGUUACAAAAAAGAUGGCAUGCCUCCUAGGCUUCAAUUUGCUUCUCCCCCGUCGAAUUUCUGUUUCAUUAUCUCUUAAGCGAACGAUAGCUUGCUCCAAGCUUCUUACAGAGUGUAGCAGCUGAACAUUCUUAUUAUACUGAUUAUAUUUGUUUUACUAAACCAUUUUGCAACAACCAUUCCGUGUUUUCAGUGUCCAAUGUUGCAAAUUAUUAAAUUGACCAUGCAUAACUUCUAAGUAAUUUUAAAGCAGCAACAUUGUAAGAUAA